AUGGCUUCUGCUGCCCGCAUCGGUAGCUCUUUGCGGCUGAUGGCUUCUGCUCCCCUCGUUGGCCCAUCUCGCAACUUCAGGACUUCCGCAAUCGCUUCGGCAGCCGCCAAGAAACCAGCCGCAGUCAAGAAGAAAGCCGUCGUCAAGAAGAAGGCCGCUCACUCGGGACCUCGCUCUACCGGUGGUCGUCGCAAAGGAGGUGCCGAUUCCUCUGUGGGCCUUUCCAAGACAUCCGAGUUCCACAUCGGGUCUCCUGACAUGUCGCAUCUGCCCCUUCUUCACGCCGAAAGUCUCACCCGCGCCUCUGCCGACCAGACUUUUGCAUUCUCCGAGGAGACCCUUUCUGCAUUCAAAACCUUCGGAUUGCCGCAGGAGCUUGAACGCGAGCUCGCUACACAACCCAAACCUCGCUCCCUCGUCCGACAACAAACCCUCGACGUCCUCGACAAACUCGAUGCAGCAGCAAAAGACAACAAAGGAACAAGCAUCAUUCUCGAUGGCAGCCGGGGAUCUGGAAAGUCGAUGCUCCUGGUUCAAUCUAUCGCCUACGCUCUUGACGAUGGAUGGGUGGUCAUCUCGGUUCCACGCGCUAUCAACUUGAUCAACUCGUCAACUUUGUACACCUACAACGCUCAGCACAAGGCAUACCUUCAACCUGAAGCGACCAGAGCACUCCUUUCUGCCAUCCUCAAGGUCAACAGUGGUGCUUUGAAAACGAUCAAGACUACGGAAGCUUUUGAGGUUGAAGGUGAAAAGGUUGAAGCAGGCACUUCACUUGAUGUUCUUCUAAAGCGCGGAACGGGGGACUCUUCAUCAGCAGCAACAACACAGACCAUCCUGGAAGCCACCUUCAAGACUCUCUGCACUCAAACCGAACGUCCCGUUCUAGUAGCUGUCGAUGACGCUCAAUCCUUGUUCCGAACAACACUGUACAAAGAUCCCGAUUUCUUGCCUCUGGAAUCGUACGAAUUGGGUCUUGCUCGUGCCCUUCUCUCCCUGCUCACCUCAUCCGCUAUCAAGCGGGGUGCCUUCAUCUCGGCCCUCUCAACAACGCAUACCGAGUUUCUCUCGCCACCUGAACUCCAGAUCGCACUUGCAGAAAAGACUUGGUCAAAACUUACGACUCAAGCCGUCAACGCAUACACAAAGCUCACACCACAGCAUCUCGAACAUGCGAGACAGGUGGUAAAGAAGGCCGAUGUUGUUGAUACGAGUAAGCCACUGUCGAAGCAGGAGGCGGCGGCGAUCUUUGCGCAGUUGAAGGAGGAGAGAAGACAUUGGAGCGCAGUGAAUGAUGAGUUGUUUUUGGAGAAGUUGGUCGAGACGAACGGCAACGCGAGGUUGUUUAGUAAGAGUUUGGUUUCGACGCUUUUGUAA